AUGGUGCGUCCGAGGGGGCUAUCGAACUCCUCGUCGGUCUCCUCGGUUCCUGAUCAAGACCAGGAACUGGGGAGCAUGUACGACUACCUCGCAAAGGUCAUCCUACUAGGUCCGAGUGGCUCUGGGAAGUCCUGUGUGCUACACCGAUUCGUGAAGAAUGAAUGGCGUGUGCUCUCCUCGCAAACCAUCGGUGUCGAAUUCUCCUCCCGCAUCGUCAAGCUCGGCACGGGCUCGCGCCGACGGCGGAUCAAGCUCCAACUCUGGGAUACGGCAGGCACCGAACGCUUUCGAUCCGUCUCACGUUCCUAUUAUCGCGGUGCCGCCGGUGCUAUCCUCGUCUAUGAUAUCUCCUCCUAUGCCUCCUUUGCCGCGCUCCCGACCUUCCUGAUGGAUGCCCGAGCCCUCGCCUCCCCCAACUUGACCGUCUUGCUCGCCGGGAAUAAGGCCGACGUGGCCGAUGUGACCGCAUCGUCCGAUACCGACGAUACCGUGCGACCCCCGCCGACCCCGUCGAGUACCUCGAGCAAGCAGUCCUCGCUGCCCUUUGACGCGGGCGGCUCGAUGCGCUCGGCCAACUACUUGGGCGCGGGUACUCGGAUGACCGCGACAUUUGCCGAAGGUCGCGAGGUCAGUCGAGAGGAUACCUCUCGCUGGGCGGCGCAGUCCAAUAUCCCGGUAGCUGUGGAAGUCUCUGCGCUAACGGGGGAGGGCGUGGAAGAGGUCUUCCACCGGCUGGCCCGCAUCAUCCUGACCAAGAUCGAGCUCGGGGAGAUCGAUCCCGACGACCCUCAGAGUGGGAUCCAGUACGGGGAUGGGGGUCACUAUGGCCAUGGUGCCAGCGACGUUUCGAGUAUCCGGAGCCGAGCCACCCUCGACGACAAUGCCUUGCCCCUCCGGCCAUCGCGCCGUCGCAAACCUCCGAGUCAGAACCCGGGCUGGAAGGGGGGCAUGAGGGAAUGGGAGGAUGUGUUUCGUCUUGGUGGCUCAUCAUCCCGGAGAAAUCGAGGAUGCUGUUAA